UCUAUACGCUGCACGCGUUCUUUGAGCCGGACUUUGAGCACAAGUCGAAGAUGCACAAGCGGCGCGUCAACGCCGUACGUCACUACCUGCUCAUCUGCCGGCAGCUGACGUACGAGAUCGCCGAGACGUACGGCGAGAUGCUCGACAUCAAGAUGGCGAUCGUCGAGGAGCAGCAGACGACGCCGUCGCCGCAUGCUGUCAGGAAGAUCAACCUGCUGUGCGCCGAGUGCAUUCGCAAUUUCGAGUUGUUCCUCGACUCGUUUAAGACAGCGAAUAAGUUUCACAGCGAUAAUGUUCGUCCGGUGCUGAUAGCUUACUUCUACAUGGGCUGCAUGCAUUUGAAAGUCAUUGAUUCCAAUGUUCGCAAAAGGAUCGAGUGCAUUCAGAAGAGCAUUGACUGCUAUCAGUUAUUAGUUAGUUAUUGUGAAAAUUACCCAGACGUGGAGCCCGAGCCACGAGCACAAGAUGAGGUGAAAAAGAAGUGGUUUGAGCUUAAACUUGUAGCCAAGAAAAAAACUGACGAACGAACAAAAGCUGGGCAGACGGCCGGCGGGCCACCACCAUCGCCACUUGACAGUCAAACAGAAAGAAUACUAGAUGUAAUAGAUUGUGAAUUUCAAGCUCAAUUUGGAUUGUGAAUGGUUGCAACCGUCGGAUGCAGCUCUGAC